AGGCGCGUUGCCAGUGGUGUGUAGCGCUUACUUUGAGAGUUGUGGGCGCUGGGGUCCCCAGCUGUUGUCUCGCAGGCUUUGCGACGGAGGCUUUGCUUGCUUGGGCGCCAUGAAGUGCAAGUUCCCGGGGCUGCGUGCUUUUCUGCUUCUUACUGGACGAGUGAACCUGUCGGAGCUCGGGUCUUUUCCUUCGGUGGCUGCUAGAAAGUCGAGUCCGAUUUUUACAGGGCCUGACCAGGCGGUCGCAAGUGGUGUGCCCUUCUCUCUUGUUGACCACUCGAGGAAGUCUUUCCUGACAGCGUGGUCAUUUGCGCCAGACGGGGAGAGAAUUCUCGCGCACUUGCGUGGAUCUGCUCGGAGCCUGUGUUUAGCGAUGAGGCACGACGCGGCCGUUAUGACCAGGAGACACUACUUACUCAUACUGAAGAAGCUAGAGGCGGGCUGUCCUGGCUCCAUCCCAUAGCGUGCGAGCUCCUGGCGCGCAGCACUUCUAGUUUUUUAAAGUGUAUACGUACGCUGAGUAAGCAGGUAGCCUCCCGAUGCUGUCAUUGCGCCAGUCAUCUAUCAAGCGCAUGAAGCGGAGCUUCAAGGG